AUGUCACCGAACGGUGAGACUGAAUCGGAGAGGAAGAGGAAGAGAGAGGAAGAGGGACGAAGCCAAAACGACGUCGCUUCUGGAUCCGUCAAUAGUCACGGCGGUGGCGGUGAUGGAGGAGGGAGUACGGCGACGGUGGAGGAUCGGGAGGUUGACGAGUUCUUCGCGAUUCUCAGGCGAAUGCACACUGCCGUCAAUAACUUGAAGAAAGCCGAGGGAGUUAACGGAGUUAGCCCUGUAUUGACGGAGAGAGGUGCCGUUAGAUCUGGUCGUGACGCUAACGGCGUUAGCGUUGAUCCGAUGGUCAGGGGGAGAGACGUUGUGGCCGAGAAUGGGGGUCUGGGUUUUGAUUUGAACGCAGAUCCGGUUCCUGAAUCGGACCCGGUUUAG